AUGGAAACUGACCAGCCAGAGGAAAUCUUCCCCAACACCAAAACCAGUGGUGAAUUUGCUAAAUGGCCUGCAGAAGAUAUGGAAGAGGAACAAGCUUUUAAAAGAUCUAGAAACACUGAUGAGAUGGUUAAAUUACGCAUUCUGCUUCAAAGCAAGAAUGCUGGGGCAGUGAUUGGAAAAGGAGGCAAGAAUAUUAAGGCUCUGCGCACAGACUACAAUGCCAGUGUUGCAGUCCCAGACAGCAGUGGCCCUGAAUGCAUAUUGAGUAUCAGUGCUGAUAUUGAAACAAUUGGAGAAAUUCUGAAGAAAAUCAUCCCUACCUUGGAAGAGGGCCUGCAGUUGCCACCACCCACUGCAACCAGCCAGGUCCUGUUCGAAUCUGAUGCUGUGGAAGGCUUGAAUAAUCAACACUAUAAAGGAAGCGACUCUGACUGCCAGCUGAGACUGUUGAUUCGUCAGAGUUUGGCAGGAGGAAUUAUUGGGGUCAAAGGUGCUAAAAUCAAAGAACUUCGAGAGAACACUCCGACAACAAUCAAGCUUUUCCAGGAGUGCUGUCCUCACUCCCCUGACAGAGUCAUUCUUAUUGGAGGAAAACCUGAUAGGGUUGAGGAGUGCAUACAGAUCAUCCUUGAUCUUACAUCUCCCAUCUUAGAGUCUCCCAUCAAGGGAUGUGCACAGCCUUACGAUCCCAAUUUUUGUGAUGAAACCUAUGAUUAUGGUGGCUUUUCAGUGAUGUUUGAUGACCGCCAUGGGCGUCCCGUGGGAUUUCCCAUGCAGGGAAGAGGUGGUUUUGACAGAAUACUUCCUGGUCCAGGAGGGUGUCCCAGGCCUCCAUCUAGAAGAGAUUAUGAUGACAUGAGCCCUCGGCGAGGACCUCCUCCCCCUCCUCCUGGUCGAGGUGGCAGGGGAGGUAGCAAGGCUCAGAACCUUCCUCUUCCUCCACCACCACCUCCUAGAGGAGGAGAUCUAAUGGCCUAUGACAGAAAAGGAAGACCUGGAGACUGUUAUGAUGGCAGGGUUGGUUUCAGUGCCGAUGAAACGGACUCUGCAAUAGAUACAUGGAGCCCUUGAGAAUGGCAGAUGGCUUAUGAACCACAGGGUGGCUCCAGAUAUGAGUAUUCCUAUGCAGGGGGUCGUGGUUCAUAUGGUGAUCUUGAUGGACCUAUUAUUACUACACAAGUAACUGUUCCCAAAGAUUUGGCUGGAUCUAUUAUUGGCAAAGGCGGUCAAUGGAUUAAACAAAUUUGUCACGAGUCAGGUGCUUCAAUCAAAACUGAUGAGCCUUUAGAAGGAUAUGAAGAUCGGAUCAUUACCAUUACAGGAACACAGGACCAGACACAGAAUGCACAGUAUUUGCUGCAGAACAGUGUGAAGCAGUAUGCAGAUGUUGAAGGAUUCUAAUGCAAGAUAUUUUUUCUUUUUUAUAG